AUGAUUGAGUCGUUGAGUGAAUACUUGGGGUCCGAAGAUGUCCUCAAUUCCCGCUUAAGACGACUGACAAACAAGUCGUUGAUUUUGAACUCAAAUGCACUGAAAGGCGAUACCGAGGGCUCACUAUUAGGACAUCCACUCGACGUAUAUCUCCUCAUCAGACGAAUGGCUAUCGACUGGAAAGAAGUGAAGGAUUUGUUGCGAACCAAAGACCAGCGCUUAAGAGAUGUCCAAAUGAGACAAAUCGGUGGUCACUCUAACCAUACAAAUGAAUUGAAUGUCACGUUUGACUCGCAGUCAAUGUCCAGCAGUCAUGAGAUUAUCACUAAUAAGGAGCUAAAAGACACCGCGUUUGGAGUGAUAAGUCUCGUCAGUACUUAUGAUUUGGAUAUCAAGUCAUUAGCGAAUGGAUUCAUUAGAUCUAAGACCAGUUCCGGUGCUGAAGUGACUUCACAUCAAAAUCAAUACAAAUAUGCUUUAAAUGCUUUCGACUGCUAUUUGAUUGGAAAACAAACGUUUGAUAACAAGGAGUACUUGAAUGCAAAGCAAUGGCUGAUAGAAGCGGUCGAUAGAUUGGACGACGUGACCAGCGAUGAGAUAAUUGCAGACAUUUUUAAUUAUCUGUCGUUUUGUGAACUGAAAAUUGGAAAACCGAGUGAAGCCCAGAAAUAUAAGAGACUGUCGGUCGCUAUAAAGCCAGACAACGAGACAAAUGAAUUCAUAUCAGAGAUUAAAGUGUUUAACGACACGAAUACCACUUCUUAU